AUGUCCGACAAAGUAUACAUCAGUGGACUUGAAGGUUCUGCCAUUGCUGGCGUUGACCACUGGCAGAAGCCGGUGCCGCAUCCAGUGUUGGUCGAUGUUGCGUUCUCCACAGACUUUUCCAGGGCCUCUGAUUCCGAUAACCUCCAGUAUUCGUUAAAUUAUGCUGUCAUCUCCGAUAAGAUCUCGUCGUUUCUUAAGAAGAGCCAUCAACGCAAUUUCCAGUCGCUUGGAGGUGUUGCAGAAGCCGUAUUCGACCUCUUACUGACUGAAAGGGCUAUCUGUACCUCAGUCGAUCUCAAAGUUUUAGCUCCAAAGCUUGAUAUCAGAGCUCCAGUUUCAUAUACGUUUAGUGGCCCUCAAUCUGGGACAUAUCACAUCGAGGGUUUGCGUGCUCUUACACUUAUUGGUGUUUUCACCUUUGAAAGACUCAACAAGCAGUUUGUUCUGCUUGAUAUCGACAUGUCUGUGCCUUCUACCCAUUUGAAUGUUCCACGGGUAUCUGAGUCCGUUCAUGACUACCUUGAGCAAGCCAAUUUCAAGACUGUGGAGGCUUUGGUCAAGAGAACGUCACAAUGGAUUCUUCAGAACUUCGCCGCGGUGGAAUCGGUAAGCGUUCGUGUAACAAAACCCAAUGCCAUCGUUUAUACUGAAGGUGUGGGGGUUUCUUGUCUUUGCACGAGGGCUGAAUUUGCUGGAGAGGAGCCUAUUAGCAUUUCUGGAGCUUCUAAAGCUUCAGAAGCUUUUGAUUUGCCUGUUGAGUCGAAAACGGUUUUUUCAGGAAGCCACACGGCAUAUAUUGCAUUUGGAUCGAAUGAGGGAAAUCAGCUUGGCCACAUUAGGCUGGCUCUUGAAAUUUUGAACGGACAUGAGAGGAUAAGCGUAAAAUCUACGUCGUCACUCUAUGUUUCGAAGCCCAUGUACUACACCAACCAGCCAGAUUUUUACAAUGGAGUGUUCAAGAUUACUGUGCACGAUAUGACUCCACAUGAGUUGCUUCUGGUGCUUAAGGACAUUGAGUAUGGGAAACUUGCCAGAGUGAAGGAUUUCGAAAACGGACCUAGAUCGAUCGAUUUGGACAUAAUCCUCUUCGAUGAUGUGACCGUCAACUCCCCAGAUUUGGUUGUCCCUCACAAAUCCAUGUUGGACCGAACCUUCGUUCUUCAACCUCUCUGCGAGCUCUUGAACCCGGAUUUUCUCCACCCAGUUACAGCAGAGCCCAUCCACAAUCAUUUGAAGAAGUUGCUCAACACUCCUACCGAUCCCAGUGUGCAAGAGUCUUCUGAGUUAGACAUUGUUAUCCCAGGAACUUCAGGAAGACAUCUCAGAUUCAACAUUAAUGGUAAGUUACCUACAGCCAUCAUGGGGAUCUUCAAUGCCACACCUGAUCUGUUCAGUGAUGGAGGAGACAAGUAUCACUUGGAACCUUCCCAAAUUGUAGCAGCAGUUCUCAAGAUGAAGGAACAAGGAGCCGAUGUUAUCGAUGUCGGAGGAGUUUCAACUCGUCCUGGAAGCGUGGAGCCAUUGGUGGAAGAGGAGCUCCGUAGAGUGAUCCCUGUUGUUCAGGCCAUUCGUCAAGAGAGGCUCUUAGAUGACAUUUUGAUCUCUGUGGAUACUUACAGAGCACAAGUAGCAGAUCAAGCAGUCGCUGCUGGUGCGGAUAUCAUCAACGACAUUUCCAUGGGCACAUUCGAUGAUGAGCUUAUUGAUGUGGUGGCUAAGCAUGGAUGUGGGUAUAUCAUGAGUCAUACGAGAGGGACUCCUGCCACCAUGAGCAAGCUCACCGAGUACAACGCUGGUCCCACAAGUCUCAUCGAGUAUUCUAUUGACCCACGUUCUGGUCUUCUUCCCCCAUUGAUGGAUGUGAACGUGAUUCAUGGAGUAUGCAGAGAGUUAGCCCUGCAGAUCCAGGCAGCAAUGGACAGAGGAGUGAAGAAAUGGCAGAUUAUUCUUGAUCCCGGGGUUGGUUUUGCCAAAGACCUUAAGCAGAAUCUCGAGAUCCUUCGCCACGCAAAGAGAUUCAAGCAGUAUGCUCAGAUUGACUUGGAUAAGAAUCUGUAUUUGAGUUUCCAUGGUAUGGGCUUGUUAAUUGGCACAAGCCGCAAAAAGUUUUUGGGAACGCUUACGGGUCAAGCUGUUGCUGAUCAGAGAGUUAUUGCGACGGCUGCAACGGUGGUUGCCAGUAUUGAGCAGUCGGCGGACAUGGUGAGGGUUCAUGAUGUGGAAGAGGUGAAGCAGGCCGUGCAAACGGGUGACGCUAUUUACCGGGGUAUUUAUCCGAGAAGCUAA